AUGGCGGAGCCCGAUAUUCACACCCAACGACGGUCCUCCUCUCAAGCGUCAUCUACAUCGAGUAGGAGCCAGAAGACUAGAACACUUCGACACAAGGCACAAAAGCGUCAUUCGGCUUCAUCGAAUGCGACUACCGAUCUUACAUCGUUCCCUUCGCUGUCGCCCCCCGAUCGUUCUCCUACCUUGACCCGAGGUUUGACGAAUACAAUGCUAGAGGGCAGUGAGGGCGGAGAUGGCACAAAUGAAGUUGGGCGCGGUCGCAAGGCUACCAUUGCAAGCUUGACGACGGGAUUAUCACACACAUCAGGCAGAGGCGCCCUCUUCGCUGAUUCGAUCCCCCAGCGCGAUAUUCCAGGAGCUUUGCACUUGGCGGAGGAUGCGCAUAUUGAGCGGCUGAUCGCUACCACCGGGGCUGUCAAGAUUGUGCGACAGUUCGCCCGUGAUUUAGCCCAGCGAGAUGCGGAGAUUUCGUCCCUGCGGCAGCGCGCUGAUGCUAGGGAACGGGAGUUAAAGAAGAUGCUGCGUGAAGUGUCCGUCUCGAAUCAGGAUAUUGAGCGCCGCCUUUACCAGUUGGAGAAUCCUACGGGGGAUGGCAAUUCUGAUGGAGAGAGUAGCGCCAGUGGUGACCAUGGUGGGCUGAAUGGUCUCAUGUCUCAGGCCAUGACGGACAAUGUGGGGUCCCAGCUUGAUGCCGCGUCUCAGGGCGUCUCAUCCGAUCUACAGGCCACCAUCCGAGCUGCUCAGCGAUCAGAGAGUGAGAAUCGCAUGGGUGGCGCGUCGAACACCGACUCUAGCGACAACCGGAGACGACAAGGUUCGGUUCGUGGUUGGCAAGAAUACCUCUUUGGCUCGACUAAUGCCAGUCGAAAAACAAGUCGUGCUAGCAGUAUUAUGAGUGAUAUGCACGAGGUUGAAGAAGAAGAUUCGACAGAGCGCGUUCGUGUGCCCAGCAACCCCUCGGUGCGGCGGAAAGCUCUUGACGACCAGCUUUUCCAGCCCCCCGGUGCUGCGGUAAGUGAGAUUCUGAACAGGAGAAUCGCGAGUGGGUCUACCACUGGUGAUGAUGUCAGUAUUCACUCGCGAAAGUCGUCGCGCUCACUUGGUUCAUGGACCGUCAAGCUGUUCGCCGGUAAUGCGCAAUCAAAAGACGCCAGUGAUUCUGAGACCAGCCGCAACAGAACAGCAUCAGACAAUCAAGACAAGGGCAAACCAGUUGGGGCUACUCUUUCCGGAGCUUCUUCUACCAAGAGUGGGAUGUCUGCGGUGGCUGCGCUGAAGAGAAUCAACAGCAAUUCCAACGUUACGACUUCGACAGGCCGCACGGGUACCGGUAGUGGUACAGUCAAGAUCAACCCACAGCGAAGGAACCCUGCUAGUAUCGUCCCACAAGGUACAGCCGUUGAAAGCGCCGACAGAAGCUCGACAAACUUGGGACCUGUUGAAAUGGAUGCUAUCUUACCUAUGGAGUCUCGGCCUCCAACUCUGACUCCCAUCUACAACAACUCCCAACCGGGUGAAUUCUUGACUGAUCGGUUUGGCUUCAUUUACGAUCAACGGAGGAAGAAACGUCAGAGAGAGGCCAAUGCAGUCAAAGGUCACAAGUCACGACUAAGCAUCGCCGAGACUCUUGGCAACCACCGCGCAGACUCGUCAGAUGUUGAGGAUGAUGCUCAAAUAAGUCCCAUCGCCCAGAAAGCCGUCGACACUCCGGGAUCGCAUCCUGGCUCCCCUGAUGACGAUCCUGAAAGUGGAGCUAUUGGGGUGCGUCGGUGGCAGGAUUAUCUAAGAAUGCCAACUCGUCCCACAGAACUUCUGUCUCAUACGCCCUCCGCCGGUCCCAUCGUUUCGUUGAUGACUGCGGGAGAGAACCGUCCUCACAGCUCGCUCGUCUCUGUGGACAAAGGCGGGGCUGUAUCGGUUGGUACCAGUGCACAGCCCUCUGCUUCUACCUCGGCCAUCAUGGCCGACCGUCCUGAAUUCGCUGGGACGACCUCGGAAGAUUCGGCCGCAGCAGCGUCCACUGGGGCUAGUGCUGCCGAAACCGAACCAGUGAAGCUACUCCUAGAUCAACUCACGGAUCUCCAUGAUUCUCUUCAGCGAGAUCGGACUGUGCGAUGGAAUGAGUUCCUCCGCAAGGUUCGUGCUGAACGCAGAAAGGAAGGCGAAGCUGCUGCCGCUGCCGCUGCCGCGGACCGGUCCGUGACACCUGUGGACACGCCAGAAGCAUCGCUCGCGGACGGCGAGGUCAUUGGCAUUGCUGGCCUCGGCAACAAAGGCAAAGUUGGACGUGCCAAGUGGCGAGAGUUCCGAUUGUUGGUUCUCGGUGGGAUUCCCGUUGCCCUGCGGGCUAAGGUUUGGUCCGAGUGCAGCGGCGCGUCUGCCAUGCGGAUUCCCGGAUACUAUGAAGACCUUGUGCGAGGAAUCGGCGGCACCGAACCAGAUUCGUCAGUCGUUGCCCAAAUCGACAUGGACAUUCGGCGCACUCUCACCGACAAUGUCUUCUUCCGGAAAGGCCCCGGUGUGGGUAAGCUAAAGGAAGUUCUCCUAGCGUAUUCACGCCGCAAUCCCGAAGUUGGAUAUUGCCAGGGCAUGAAUCUUAUCGCAGCUUCGCUCCUCCUCAUCAUGCCGACAGCCGAAGAUGCAUUCUGGAUUCUGACCUCGAUGAUCGAGAUCAUUCUGCCACAUCAUUACUAUGAUCAUGGACUUCUUGCGUCCCGCGCGGAUCAGGUUGUUCUCCGACAGUACAUUUCAGAGCUCCUGCCCAAGUUGUCAGCACACCUGGAAGACUUGGGCAUUGAGUUGGAAGCGCUUACAUUCCAGUGGUUCCUUUCUGUCUUCACUGAUUGUCUCUCUGCGGAAGCAUUGUAUCGUGUAUGGGAUGUGGUCUUGUGUCUCAACGUUACCAGUACAAGCACUGUCCCCGCUGGCCCUGCACCAGCCACCACUUCAUCUGCCUCAAGCCUCAAAGAUGGCACAGAGAAGGCUACUCAGCCGAGUGAAGAGCUUGCUUCUGGCAGCGGAGGAGGAAGUACGUUCCUCUUCCAGGUCGCCUUGGCGCUCCUGAAGCUCAAUGAGCCACAGUUGCUCACCACUUGUACCACUCCGGCGGCGUUGUACACAUACAUCAACCACCAAAUGACCAACCAUGCUAUCAGUAUCGACGGCUUGAUCCAAGCCAGCGAGGCCCUACGUAACAUGGUCCGUCGCGAAGAUGUUGUCGCUCGCCGAGCUAUCGCUUUGCAGGAAAUGCGUGAGUUUAGCGUUGGCCGGUCCUAG